AUGCUGAAGAACAAAGCUGUCGAGGAAAAGGUUGACACACUGCUGUCGAAGAGUCAAAUACCGAUCAUCGAUCUCGCACACUGUGGUACGGAGGAAUGUCCAAUCCGGUCCGUAGUGAAUCGUGUCGGACAUCAGCUCCACAAAGCGCUCAGCGAAAAAGGCAUUGCACUGCUGGUUAAUCAUGGCAUCUCGGAGGAUAAGAUGAAGCAGGUUUAUGGACAUUUGGACGAUUUCUGCAAACUUUCGGACGGCACGAAGGAAACCUACCUGCGCAAAGGUGAAACGAACCAUGGCUACAUCAAACCGGGCCAGGAACGGUUCGAUGGCAAAUCGAAGGAUCUGCGCCACACGUUCAACAUCUGCACGCUGAAGCCGGACGCCGGACCACUGCCAGACGAACCGCUGCCCGGCUUUCGGGAACAUGUGUCCGACCUGGCGACGGAUUUCAAGCGCCUCUCGGCGCUGCUACUGCAGGCACUCGCCGUCGGUAUGGAGCUACCGUACGGGUACUUUCUCGAGAAGCACCGCCACAUCCUGGACGGCGAAGGUGAAAACCAGUCCACAUUCCGGCUGCUCUACUAUCCGCCGCUAAUUGAAGACGAUGGCAAGAAUGAGCUGUUGCGGGGUACCUGCAAGUACAGCCAGCAGCGCUGCACAAAGGACGAGAUUGAUCUGUCCCUGCCGGAAGACUACCGUGCGAAGAUGCGCGAGCAGCAGGAGCUGGAAGAGCAGGAACUGCAACAAAUAACCCGUUGUGGGGCACACUGUGACUACGGUACGUUCACACUGCUGGCACAGGACUCGGAAGGUGGGCUGGAGGUGAAGCUACCCGGGACGGACCGAUGGAAACGGGUCGGACAUCUGCCGGGUGCCAUCCUGAUCAAUGCCGGCGAGCUGCUGUCGACGUGGACGGGUGAAAAGCUCUGCGCUCUCCAGCACCGUGUGAUCAUUCCGCAGGAGGAAACAAUCCGUAGCCGCGGCCGUCAUUCGUUGGCAUUUUUCGUCCAUCCCGACAACUGCAUCUCGAUUACACCGAUCGAUCUGCCUACCUCCAGCUCGUCCAACUCGCUCGAUUCGGACGAGAAAAAAACCAAAGGACGAAAAAAAUCCUUCAAAACGGCCAAGUCUAAGAUCUACAACGCAUACCAGCACGUGCAAAAACGCUUUAAGGAAACGUACGCAUCGUAG